AAACUGAUUGCUUGCUGUACAUGUGAUGUGUAGACUAAACUCAACCGAAGUCGCCCCCACGUUUCUGUGCAUAUUUUCUGGCUUCACUGUAUCCCCCUCUUUUCCAUUUUCCACGAAACAUAUUGAAUUUUCUUUCUUCCCUUUAACAGAAAAGGAAAAAUUUUGCAGUGCCAAUUGCAUUGCUAACCUCUUCUUCGGUUUUCAGCUUCUGGGUGGUGCUACAUUUUCCCUUUGACGUCAAGCUUUUGUCUUGGUGGUUGUUGAAGACCAGGGUAGGACUCAUUUUGGACUCUUCUUGAUCUGUUUGUUGCUGUAAAUUUGUGUUUUUUUAUUUGGCUUUUUGCUCAAAAGAGGGUUUUUUUGAACUGGGUUCUGCUUAUUUUUUGGAAUAGGUCUCUUUGAAGGUUGACUGGCUCUGUUCAAGAGUUGCUAGAUUAGCUUGGAGAGACUUUUUGAAGAGUGUUUUUAGGGGUUUUUUUUAUUGUAGAUUCUUGGAGAAUUUUGGCAUCUCCAGUGAAAUUUUCUGUAGAUUUAUGUUUAGUUGCAUAAUUUUGACAUAAGAUUGGAUCUUUUCUUGCGCAUAUGGAUGUGUAGCUACAUUUUACGUUUCCUUUGAAACUUUAAUUCAGAGGGGAAAAAAAAAAAUAAAAAAAAAUGAGUUCUUUGAUUCCACCGGGGUCGCCUGACAAUUCUCCACCAGCACCACCAUCAGAUUCACCAACAACCACUUCACCAUCACCUACAACAUCACAACCUGACCAGACCACUGACUCCCCUCCCCCUUCAACGCCUGCAACUCCUUCUACCCCUUCAGCUCCACCCCCUCAAUCCCCUCCUCCAGCUGUCCCUACUGCCCCUCCCCCAUCACCACCUGCAUCGCCGCCGCCACCAUCAACAACUCCUCCUCCAACUUCACCACCACCAUCACCACCAACUGCCCCGCCUCCCUCGCCACCAACAGCACCCCCACCAUCACCUCCAGCUGUUGCUUCCCCUCCCCCUGAAAAUUCAUCCCCUCCCCCACCAGUGGUUGUUUCUACUCCUCCUCCACAACCCACCCCAUCACCUCCAACCUCUACACCUCCAACCCCUACACCUCCAACCCCUACACCUCCUCAGGUUAUUGCACCUUCUCCGCCUCCUCCUGCUAAUGACCCAUCACCACCUUCGUCCAAUUCCCCACCUCCACCUGUGUCAAACCCACCUAAAAGUGCUCCUUCACCUCCUGCGGUUUCAACUCCACCGCCUGCUUCUCAAUCUGCUCCUCCACCAGUUACAAGAUCACCCCCUCCAUCCACAUUGUCACCACCAGCUCCUUCAGUUCCCUCAUCCUCUUCUCCGCCUGCAGUUUCACCUCCUGCUCCUCCAAGUAAUUCAUCUGCAACUGGAAGUCCUAGUGCAUCACCUUUGCCAUCCAUUCCAACAGAGAAACCAACAGCAGAAUCAACUAAUCGCACUGCUGUUACAGUGAAUACUUCAUCCAGGAACGCAGGGGCUUUAGGCACUGGAGGUGCCGUGGCAAUAGGCGUUGCAGUGGGGUUUUUGGUACUAAGUGUUCUUGUCAUGGCUGUGUUGUUUGCACGGAGACAGAAGAGAAAGAAAGCUGGAUCACAUAUUGGUUACACUAUGCCUUCUCCUUUUGCAUCCUCACAGAAUUCAGAUGCAGCAUUUCUGAGGCCAUAUUCUCCAACUCCCCUAGGAGGAGCUGGUUCCCAAAGUGGUUUCAUAUAUUCACCACCAGAGUCGGGUGGAGUAAACAAUUCAAAGUCAUGGUUCACUUAUGAAGAAUUAGCUCAGGCCACGAAUGAGUUUGCAGCACAUAAUGUUUUGGGUGAAGGUGGAUUUGGUUGUGUAUACAAAGGUGUCCUGACUGAUGGAAGAGAUGUAGCUGUGAAACAGUUGAAGAUAGGUGGUGGACAGGGAGAGCGUGAGUUCAAAGCGGAAGUUGAGAUCAUUAGCCGAGUACAUCAUCGUCAUCUGGUUUCACUAGUGGGUUAUUGUAUAUCUGAGCAUCAAAGGUUGCUUGUCUAUGAGUAUGUCCCGAACAAUACUCUUUACUACCAUCUCCAUGCUGAAGGCAGACCAGUGAUGGAUUGGGCAACCAGAGUCAAGGUUGCUGCCGGUUCAGCUCGUGGGAUAGCUUAUCUACAUGAAGACUGUCAUCCUCGCAUUAUUCACAGGGAUAUUAAGUCCUCAAACAUUCUUCUUGAAAACAAUUUUGAAGCUAAGGUUGCAGAUUUUGGGCUUGCAAAGAUAGCAUUGGAACUGGAUUCAAAUACACAUGUAUCUACACGAGUAAUGGGAACCUUUGGGUACAUGGCUCCUGAAUAUGCAACUAGUGGCAAGCUGACUGAAAAGUCUGAUGUUUAUUCGUAUGGGGUUGUGCUUUUGGAGCUAAUUACAGGUCGCAAGCCUGUUGAUGCCUCUCAGCCAUUGGGCGAUGAGAGCCUGGUUGAAUGGGCUCGACCAUUGCUUGCUGAAGCACUUGAACGUGAGGAUUUUGAAGAAUUGGUGGAUUCAAGGCUGGAAAAGAACUAUGUUGCUAGUGAAAUGUUUCGGAUGAUUGAGGCAGCUGCUGCUUGUGUUCGUCAUUCAGGUGGAAAAAGACCAAAAAUGAGUCAGGUGGUGAGGGCGUUAGACUCGUUAGAUGAGUUAUCAGAUCUCAGUAAUGGAAUGAAACCUGGCCAAAGUGAAAUCUUCAAUUCAGCACAACAUUCUGCACAAAUCAGAAUGUUUCAAAGGUUGGCAUUUGGUAGUCAAGACUACAGUUCAGACUUCUACAACCAAUCACAGAGUAGCUGGAGAAGUCGAGAGUCUCGAGACUAUGGGAAUCGGAAUUCCUUUAUACCGUAAAUGCCUCGAGAAUAUAGAUCAACAGAGACGAGUUUAAUGCUACUCUUUUGAUUCACAGUUACAAAUUUCCAACACAUGAUUGGAAAUCAGAAACAGCUUGUUCCGUCAAAAUGGUACCGAUUCACUCGAUUUUGGAAUGAGAUUUGAGGCCCCAGAUUGAGAUAUUGACGCCAGGCCCCCCUGCUCGUUUCUUGUACAAUCUCAUUUAUGCAUUUUUCUUCUAAUCUUUCUUCUCAUCUAAUACGAUUAAGUUGCAGGAAUGUGCCUGAUUUUGUAUUCUUUAUUAUAUAGCAUGACACAGCUUCAAUUCA